CGGCCAUCUUGGCGGCGGCCAUGAGCGGCUCCAGGGCGCGGGCGGCGGCGGCGGCGGCGGCGGCGGGGCCGGACAAGAAGCCGCCGCCGGGAUCCGCGGGGCCGCUGAGCCGCCUGCGGGGCCGCCGCGGAUCGGCCGACGCGGCGCCGCGGCCGCCCUGGACCGAGUCCGAGUUGCUGGCGCUGGAGACCGUCCGGCCCGAGCACGUCCUGGGGCUGUGCCGGGUGACGGAAAAUUAUUUAUGCAAACCUGAGGACAACAUUUACAACAUUGACUUCACCAGGUUUAAGAUCCGGGACCUUGAAACUGGAACAGUGCUGUUUGAAAUUGCAAAGCCGUCUGCCUCAGAGCACGAGGAGGAGGAUGAGGAGGACAGCAGUGAACUGGACGCGAGUGCAGGUCGCUUUGUUCGGUACCAGUUCACCCCAGCGUUCCUCCGGCUUCGGACCGUCGGUGCAACAGUGGAAUUCACAGUGGGAGAAAAGCCAGUGUCAAACUUCCGAAUGAUUGAGAGGCAUUACUUCCGAGAUCGUCUGCUGAAGAACUUUGACUUUGAUUUUGGCUUCUGCAUCCCCAGUAGCAGGAACACAUGUGAACACAUCUAUGAAUUCCCUCAGCUCUCAGAAGACCUUAUCCGUCUGAUGGUUGAAAACCCGUACGAGACGCGCUCGGACAGCUUUUACUUUGUGGACAACAAGUUGAUAAUGCACAACAAGGCCGACUAUGCUUACAAUGGGGGACAGUAGCCAUCCUGUCUGCUGGAUGCUGUGAUGCCAUUAACCAUUCCAGAUGUGCAGGAGCGGACUAGAGUUGCUGUCUCGUGCAACAAGGCUUCUUGCCAAACCUUUUCUCCGUGCAUGAGGCUGAGGACAUGAAGCAAAGGCGAAGGCUCCUGAAGGAAAUCUCCCUGCAACACUUCUCUAUCCAACACUCCUGCCUCUCCUCCUGUGUUCCUGGCUACCUUCUGAUACCUUGGUUAGGUCAUGGAUAAGAGGCACAAUUCUUGCUCUUAGUCUUUAUAGUUAGGUUGCACCUUAGUGCUUCUGAUGCUUCACCUCUUGGGUGACUGCUCUCUUUGAAGAGGUCAGAUUGUUUGUGUUAAGCUUUUUCUUAGCUGAAAAAAUCUUACCCCUUCAAGUAACCAGUGAUGCCUGAAGAGCAGAUCUCUUCUCUAGUUGGAUAGAUCCUCUCUUUAGUGCACAGUGGUUUAGUUUGUAGCAUGGCUGACGUUGCUUUUUAGGGUGCAUCCCAGUAUUCUGCAGUGAGAAAGAUAAACUAAGAGACUUAUUCCGCUUCUAAACAGUGCAGGAAUCUUCCAUCUGCCUCUGGGGGCCUGAGCUGCCCCUGAGAAUAGUUUAAUCUGUGUUUUGCAAGAGAUUUCACUAGAGAUACGAGAUAGGGGAAAAAGGUUUUAUCGCUCUGAUAGCAUUUCUCUUUGAGCUCUUGUCAGCAAAUUGUUGCAUGUUAGAGCUAAGAGGUCAACCUUAGAGCUGAAGUUAAUCUCACUAUGUUUACCAUUUCUCCUGCUUCCCUUUGUGUAGGAAUUUUGGCUCUUGCUGCAGAAUGUGUUGCUUUUUAGAUGGACAGCACAUUGUCAGCCUGGCUGGGGUGUAAGGGAGUGGGGCUUAGAGGAAAAAGGGAGAAUGUGGAGAAUCACUUGAAAAAUGUGUAGGAAGCAGAGUUUCCCAGGCUUCAGUCUAUACUUCUAAACCCAAAUGAUCUGUCAGAGGUGCUAUGAGGAGCACCAGCUCAUUUGCUUUGUUUCAUUGGAGGUAUUUAGUAACUAAAAGCUUCCUGGGUCAGUUCACUCAGUGUUACGGAGUGGGAUCCUUGGAAAGUGAGAAUGUACAUGAUUUUCUUUUUAGCUGCUGGGGUUCCCAUCGCUGCUUUGCCUACUCAGCUGCUUAUUUAUGGUUUGGGAAGUUGUUCUGUCGAGGUAGGAUACCACCAGACCAGAGGGAGUGUUUCACAGCUGUGUUUGGGAUCUGGUGAUGGGAGAUAGCACCAUGCAGUGGGAAGAGGAGACCUGUGUGUUGCCAGUAGCCAUACUGGGGCCUGGCUCCUGACCAUGCAAAAUCUCAUCUAUCAAAACCCUUUUCUGCCAGUUUUGCUGGCUCUUGAGACUGGCACUUUUCCUGUCUCCACACUGGGCUGAUCAGCUGUGUCUCUUGUACGUGGGAGUUAGGUUGUGUCUAGACUAGAGACCUUCUCUAACAUUAAUUCCAUUUGUUCUUGAGACAGAUGAAACCUAUCUCCUUGGUGGAUAUGGUUGGUUACCUGUUGUGUUAAGUAAGAUUCGGUGUAGUUUGUCUAAGCAGGAUUGAGUGGGGCAUCACAAACCAGAGCUUAUUAAUUCGUAGACAGCAACAGGAAACCACUGCCUUUACCUCCAGAUUAAUGGAAGUAACUUUGGCAUGGAACAUCAGCUGGCACCAGGGUAAGCAGGGAAAGCGUGUGGGGUGGCAGCCAUGAAAGAAUCUCCAGCUCUUGGGAAGAUACUUAAUUAUGAUUAACCACAACAAAUGACCUGUUCUGGGUGGAGCAUUAAUCAUGAGCAACCACAACAAAUGUCUUGGGAAUGCGGAGGGGCAAGGUCUGCGUGGUUGAAAGAUGAAGAACCAUUCUGCUACCAUGGAUCCCCUCCAGCAUCUCCACAGGCACUUAGGCAAUCUUGUUUGGUUAUUUCAGGAUUAGUUAAAGCUGCUGGGAAGGUGGAGCUCGAGAAGCCUCUUGCAGUGAGUGUCUUCAGCAGGCCUCCUGUGGUGCCAGUGAGGUGGGAAGCGUUUGCCUUGCUGUGAGUUACAUGCAAUAAGGCAGAACUGCCUGGAAGUGCGUUUUUCACCCUGAAGUGCUCAGAAGCAGUGUCUGAAGAGCCUGCUAGUUAUUCCCUGGGAAACUUUAGCAUGUUGAGCUGAAUUUUGUAAGUAGUAUAGAUCCAGGUGCCUUCAAAUAUUACUUUUAUCACACUUCCUAUUACGAAGCAACCGCUAGCGUUUCUUGUGAAGUGUGGUGAUGCCCUUCUGUUUUCUGUGUCAGUGUGUAAAGGUUCCUCAAAGGCGGAAGGGCCCGUGGCCGGCGCGGGCGGGCACCGGCGGGGGCGCGCACGGGGAGCGCGCCCCAUCUAGCGGCUGCUGGCGGCAGACUCCGGCAGGAAAAGGGAAUAACUCCUGCUGUCCUUUGCCAUCAGCAGAGACCAGGAAACAGCACCGGUGCGGUGGCUUUCGCGCUGGUGAAUGUAUCAGCCAUUCAGCAAUAAGGAAAAGGAAAACUGGAGGAAAACCGGGAGACUCGCAGGCAGCAGUAGCACCCCAUGGUUUGUAGCUGAAUUUGUCUGCUGUGCCAAAUCAGGUGGUGUUUGCCCAAAGUGCAUGCUGCAAGGAAAAAAAAGAGUCCCUACAAGAGGGCAACCCAGCACUGAAAAAGUUGAUUGUAAUCCAGAAAGUCAGGGAUUUCCAAACUCCUCUCCCUACUUUAGUUGCUUCCCUAGGAUUCCUCUUCUCUUACAUACUUUUUAUAAAGUCUCUUUUCUUUGUGGCAGGGAUGAUAUCUUUGGUAAAUAUGGUUUAACAGACCAGUUUCCUUCCAGAGUGUGUGCUCUGAUGCUUUAACGAUGGGUCAAAGCUACUUAUGCCAGUGAGUUAAGAAGAAAUUCCAAUGGGAUCACAUCCUUGUCAUGGUCAGUCCUAGCCAGGUGCUGCAGGCAGGGGAGAUGCUUUCAGAGUCAGUUGGAGUUGGAGCAAGGGAAAAGGUAUCUGUGCAAACAGCUUCUCUCAGGUUGUAUGCUGAAUUGGAAAGAAAAAAAAGUUGGGAUCAUACUGAGUUCUGCUCUAACAAAAAAAGGGACCAAACCCAUAAACUCAUGCUAAGUUUUUCUGGUAUUUGCCCUAUUAGUGCAAGGACCUCUUUUUCACAUCUUUGAGGCAAGUGCUUUGGAUCCAUGCCAGCAAGCUUUCUGGAGAGCUAUUUUCAUGACCUGAGUGUGGAAUACAUAUUGCACCUUGUGAAGGAAGAUUAUCUCUUAUUGUAUGGACUGGAUACUGCUGUCCUUGUCCUCUGUUUUUGGUAGGAAGUGUCUUCCUUUGUGUGUUUUCCUGAGGAUUUUCAAUGUUUCUUGCUGCAGAGGAGCAGCAGGCUUCUCUUUGGUGCUUGGGGAUGUUUGUUCCACUUAUCUGAGGGUUCAGGAAGAAGGAAACAGAUGUUCAGCAGACAGAAAUGAACGAGGAAGGUGGUGGUGAAGCAGUAAGGUCCAAAUGUAGCAACUCUACAUCUCAAUUCUGUGUUUCAUCACCUCCUCUUCAGCUGUUUCCCCGCAUUCUGCCCUGCUGUCCCAUCCCACGGAGCUCCUUCGUGCUGCCCAGAGCCUGCCUGGCUGUCAGUGAGACCCACAAACUCUCCUGGAGCUUUAUGCUGAGGACAAGGCUAAGGGAAGGCAGCACCUCUUCCUCUGCAGCAACGGGACGAUCACCAGCACCCCCCUCUCCUGCCCGGAUCCCAGUGCUGUCACAGGACAUUUAUUUAUAUCUCUCACAGUGUGGCCUUGGGGCUGCUGGCGCGUGGACUCCUCCGUGCUGUCCCCUUCGUCCCCUGGUGCCCGCGGGGGUGCCGGGGUGUCCGUGCGGCCCCCGGUGCCGCUGUAUUUGUACAGCCCCUGAUUUUGUCACCAGCAAGAGGAAUAAAGGACCUUCCUCCCUG